AAGCUUGCCAACAGACCCAAGGAUGUGGGGGCAUGCCUUCCUAUUUGCUUGAGGGGAGCAGGCAGGCUCAAGAUGAACUUCGGGUAACUGAUGGUUUGAGGAUGUAUUGGAAGGUGUCUCCCAGCUGUUAAACAGUCAUUCCAGCUGUCAGAACCCACAGGCUUAGAAUAUUAGACAAGGAAAGGAGAAUAUACACAAAAGGAUUUGUUUGCUUGCUUUCUUUCUUUCUUUCUUUCUUUCUUUCUUUCUUUCUUUGAGACAGGGUCUCAUUAUGUAGCCUUAACUGUCCUGGAACUUUCUGUAAAAACCAGGCUGGCUUCAAGUCAGAGAUCCUCUUACCUCUAUCCCCUGAGUGAGACAGAGGAUUAAGAGCAUGUGCAAGCUAGCCCAAUCACAACAGAAGUUUGUUAUUUUACUUUAUUUUGAGUUUUGAGAUAGGGUUUCUGUUUGUAGAUUUGGCUGUCCUGGAACUCGCUCUGUAGACCAGGCUGGCCUCAAACUCAGAGAUCUGCCUUCCUCUGUCUCCCAAGUACUGGGAUUCCACUACCCAACCUCCAAGACAUUUUAAUGAGCAGAAACCAUUGGUAAGGGGCCAAUAUGCUUUGCAACCUGAGUUUUAGUACAUGUUUAACAGAUGCAUGAUAAGUUACAGCAUUUUCCAGGCAAGGUGGCAUAUGUCUAUCCCAGUACUCGGAAGGCUUGAGACAUGAGGUUUGUGAAAUCGACUAACCUGGCUACAUGUGUGGAUUAAGGCUGUCUAGAGGAUGAGAGUUCACGAACAUGUAGGUCCUGAUGUACUGGAGGCAUUCUAUAAAUGGUGGCUGUCAUUAUGAGCCCAAACAACACUAGCAAGGGAAGUGGAUGAUGGAGGAACAAGUAGCAACCAUCCCAUUGGUGAUGGGAGCAUGGUCAGCAGAAGCGUUGGUGAUGGGAGCAUGGUCAGCAGAAGCAAGUGGUAUGAAGAGGCCCGGCACGGGGAGGGAGAAAGAAAAGUGAAUCCCUCAGACUGGUCAUGGUGACCAAGCCUGGCCACAGCAGAUGGAUAGAUGGCAGGGUGGAAAGUAAGCCAGUACCUAAGGUACUGUACAGUCACAGGGUAGAGGCAGGAAGAUAGCAAGGGAAGAGAAGGCGCCAGGUGAGACUGGCUUCAACCACACCAACCUGAUGAAAGCAUUCAAAAACUCCAAAGAAGUCUCUAAGAAAGCCCCAAUCCCUUCCUGACCAUGGGUGGCCUGUGAGUCAGGAAUGGCACAUAGAGUUUGGGGUUUUUUCCCCUCUUUUUAUUGUUUGUUAGUUUGUUUUUGAGCAGGAUAUUAUAUAGCCCAGUGUGGCCUCAAACUUACUAUGUAGCUGAGAGUGACUUUGAACUCCUGAUCCUCAUGUUCCCACCUCCAGAAAGCAAACACAUGCAGUACGACUUCUGGGCACCCAGGGCUGCAUGUUAAUAACUACGCAAGCCCUCUACGAACCGAGCUACACCCUCAACCCUGGUGUCUGGGCCUGAGUCUAACCUCAUCCAGCCACAACAGGGCCUUGUUGCCCAAACCCACAAAACACAAAGAUUCAAACGCAGGUGAAAGGAAUGACAGGGCAUGAAGGGAGACUGGGGUGAUGAAUGGACCAUACAUGCACACACCAUGCCAACUUGCACCGGAGUACAGCUUUGCUGAGUUCUGUGCCCUGUCUCCGAAUAAACACUCCUUAAAAAGCAGCCUUCAAAAGCCGUGCUCUGUUCAAAGGCUUUGAGGAAAAUCAUUUCGGAAUUUGAUUCUAUUAGUUGGCAGCAGAGCAACUGUCUGCGAAACAAGUUACUGAACCUCUCUGAAUCUCAACUUCCUGGUCUGAAAAAUGGAGAUAGCAUUACAGAACUGCUCGUGAACUCCUACUUUUGUACUAUGUUCAAGUGCUGUGUAAACCCGAACCCCAAGCUUGUCAAGGCCUCAGAAACCCUAGCUAAUUAAACACAGAGCAAAACAUGCCUGGUGCAACUCAAACCAUAUCAAUAUCUGGACUUUAACCUAAAGUCAGGGAAACAGUUUGGAUUUCAAAAUCAGGUCACUUCCCUGAAUGUUUUUAAAAUGCGCCCUUUAGCUAUUGAUGUUGACAUAGACAAAGCAAAACUUGAAUCCCAGUGCCCACACAAGGGCUCUUAGAGAUCCUAAAGGGAGCUACUGGCCGUGUCCCAGAAAACUCAAGAAAGAGGCAAAGAACUUCUUAGAAGGACCUAGAAACUUAAGGUGUGAAUGAGGCAGGAUGAACUGGACAGGUCUAUACACCUUGCUCAGUGGCGUGAAUCGGCAUUCUACAGCCAUUGGCCGAGUAUGGCUGUCCGUCAUCUUUAUCUUCAGAAUCAUGGUGCUGGUGGUGGCUGCAGAGAGCGUGUGGGGUGAUGAGAAGUCUUCUUUCAUCUGUAACACCCUCCAGCCGGGCUGUAACAGCGUCUGCUAUGACCAUUUUUUCCCCAUCUCCCAUGUGCGCCUGUGGUCCCUGCAACUCAUCUUGGUUUCCACCCCAGCUCUCCUCGUGGCAAUGCACGUGGCUCACCAACAACACAUAGAAAAGAAAAUGCUACGGCUUGAGGGGCACGGGGACCCCCUUCACCUGGAAGAGGUAAAGAGGCACAAGGUGCACAUCUCAGGGACACUGUGGUGGACCUAUGUCAUCAGUGUGGUGUUCCGGCUGCUGUUUGAGGCUGUCUUCAUGUAUGUCUUCUAUCUGCUCUACCCGGGCUAUGCCAUGGUGCGGCUGGUCAAGUGUGAGGCCUUCCCCUGCCCCAACACGGUGGACUGCUUCGUGUCCCGCCCCACUGAGAAAACCGUCUUCACUGUCUUUAUGCUCGCCGCCUCCGGCAUCUGCAUUAUCCUCAACGUGGCGGAGGUGGUGUACCUCAUCAUCCGGGCCUGUGCCCGCCGUGCUCAGCGCCGCUCCAAUCCGCCCUCCCGCAAGGGCUCGGGCUUCGGCCACCGCCUCUCACCUGAAUACAAGCAGAAUGAGAUCAACAAGCUGCUGAGCGAGCAGGAUGGCUCUCUGAAAGACAUACUGCGCCGCAGUCCUGGCACUGGGGCCGGGCUGGCUGAGAAGAGCGACCGAUGCUCAGCCUGCUGAUGCCGAGUACCAGGCAACCUCCCAUCCAACCCCUCCCUCACCCCACCCAGGCCUGCCCCUCCUUCUCCUAUGCUGGUGAGCAGGCCUCUGCCUCCUAGGGAUUACUCCAUCAAACCUUCCCUCCCUCCCUACUCCCCUUCCUCAGAGAGUCUUCUGUCAAAGACCUGGCCGGCUUGGGAGUGGGGAGCCACUUCUGCACCAGGGCUCAAGGUUAUUGAGGGUGUGGGCAAUUCUUUCUGCCUAUACCCUUUCCUCUUCCCUCUCCCUGAGAUGAGGGAUGAGAUGUUCUGAAGGUGUUUCCAAUUAGGAAACUAAUCUUAACCCCCAUGCUGUCAGGUACCCCACUUUGGGAGUCAUGUCAGUGGGGAGGGCUGUGAGCAAGCAGAGUGGAGGAGGGGCUCUGCACUGUGGAUGGAGAAGGGAGGGGAGCUUGCCUUGCUGCCUGCUACAAGGAAAAGGAGGACACAUCUAGGGUGGGGGAGUUCUGGAGGGAGAAGCAGGCAGAUAAAUCAGAGUGGGGGUUGGUCAGGGCUGCCCCCAGUCCCCAGUUCCCAAGGCCUCUCUCUCUGAAAAUGUUACACAUUAAACAGGAUUUUACAGUAAA